AUGUACAACUCGGCGGACCGCAUCAGUGAGUUGCCACUUGAAAUUUUGGCUAGUAUAUUGUCUCUCUUGCCGCUAAAGGAAGCAGUGGCUACUAGUCUUCUAUCAAGGCACUGGCGGCAUGUGUGGGCGUCUACUUUGACACUUGAUUUUGAUCCCGAGAAAACUUUGUUUGGCUUCACAUACCUUAGUCGAACGUUACAAGACAAGAAAAGUCGUAGGUACGUCAACUGGAUCAAUCGUGUGGUCGAGCAACAUCAUGGCCCUAACAUCGAAUCAUUUAGGGCUUGCUUUGAUCUAGAUUGCCGCUUUACAAGUUCCAUCGAUAAAUGGAUUGAAUUUGCAUUGAAAAAGAGAGUUCAAGCGUUUGUCUUGGAUUUUGUUAAGAUAUAUGGUUUCAACAAAGAUGCAUAUGCAUUUCCGCGCAAACUGUUAGGUCUCGAAAAAGAGUUUGCUUCAAAUCACUAUGUUGGAUUUAAAUAUCUCAGAGUUCUUUAUUUUGAAAAUGUUGAUGUGACUGGAGAAAUUAUUGAGUACUUCUUGUCGCACUGUCCAGUUCUUGAACGAUUAUCAGUGUCUUUUGCUAAAAGUUUAGUUAACUUAAGAGUUGUCGGUCCAUUAGUUGAAUUGAAAUACUUAGUGCUAAAUUACUGCUUUAGCCUCAAAAGCGUUGAAAUUUGUGACACAAAACUUGUUUCGUUUAUUCACAUUGGGUUUGCAAUAGACUUGCGUCUCAGUAAUGUACCCUCUCUGGUUGAGAUAGCCAUUUCUGGUAUGAACACCCAUCGUUUAUGUGCCUCCACUGACUUCGUGAGACUUGCCUUUACCCAACUUUCAUGUUGUCUUUAUCAGCUAGAGACUUUCAUGAUCGAUAUUACAUUAAUGUACAAUCAAAUGAGAGUUUUAAAGAAUAAGGAUCACGUCUUUCCUAUAUUAUCAAAUCUCAAGCAUUUUGAGUUAACGGCUGACCCAGAUUAUGAGUGGGGUCUUAGCCAAUUAUCAUCUUUUAUGAGGGCAUUUCCUUACUUGCAGAGACUUACGUUGAAGGUUAUAGGAGAUGAGUAUAUACUGCUUUAUAGUUCCAUUGGUCUCAUGACUUACGACUUGCGAGUCUGGGGGAGCGAGGAGAAGAGAAAACUACAGAAAGCUGCCAAAUGCCCCCACCAUCACCUCAAGGUAGUAGAAGUAUUAAAGUAUCGUGGUCGUAGAAAUAUUGUCGAACAUGUCAUGUUCUUGAUAGAGAAUGCUUUUGCACUCGAGAAACUUGUUAUUGAUCCUUCGAACUGGGACUGUCAUCAUAGUGGUUCAGAGUGGGGAAAGAGAGCGAGGUUGAAGGAAGCAAAGGCAAGACAUCAUGCUAUGCACCUUAAAAAUAAGGUGCCUGCAACAGUAGAAUUUGUUUGCCUGUAA